AUGGAGCCAGCGACUGAGGAGGCCGGUUCGGCACCUCGGCCGCGGCCGCCGCUCUCCUCUCCGCCCCCGGACCUCCAAUUCAGCCCCGCAGUGCCUCAUCCCACCCAGCCGGAACCAAAUAUCACCAACCAUGACCAUGACAAUAGCAGUGGCAAUGCAACGCCCUCCGCCCCAUUCCCGGAUAGCUCAACAACCUCAACCCCCAAGUCUCGCCCGGCGUCGGGGGUUGUUCCUCCCUGGUGGCAACGACAUGAGCGGAAUGCCUCCCGCGUAUCUCAAACCUCGCUGGCCCACUCCACGAAGAUCACCUUAGAGGAUCAUACGGUGGAUCCAGACUCGGAGACGACUCGGGGACUCUGGGCACGCAGCGUCUCCAUCGACGACUAUGUGGUCGUGCAGGGAAAGACGGGAGUGGGAUCUUAUGUCGUUUGGAACUGCACGAUACAAACACUCGAUGGUGGCCCAAUUGUCGUCCGCAUGAGGUACUCCGAAUUUGACGAUCUGCGGCAACGUCUUGAAUUUUCCUUCCCGCACGCGAAGAGUGCCCUCCCUGCUCUCCCUCCUAAGAGUGUGCUUUUUAAAUUCCGCCCUAAGUUCCUCGAGUCACGACGCAUCGGACUGGAGUAUUUUCUUAAUUGUGUGCUCCUGAACCCCGAGUUCUCCAGCUCACCCGUUGUAAAAGAUUUUCUCUUUGGCAGAAUUUCAUAA